AAGAACAAUAAUGGAAAAUUUUUAAAAUCCAAAUAAAGGUACUUUACUGGGCAAUUUAAAAUCAUUUCGUUCUCGACGCGAUAAUUGUUUUAUUUAAUAAUUAUAAUUAAUAGUUAUUGAAAUAAGAUGGAGAACUUAACCACCCUACUCUAUGAUACUUCAACGACAGUGAUUCCAGAACUUCUGGAAAAGGUAAUGCAGCCCAUUUUUUCAUGGUACGACUACAUCCUUUUCACCGCCAUGUUGUUUCUUAGCAGCUUGAUAGGCAUUUAUUUUGGUUGCUUUGGAAGCAAACAAAAAACUGCUCAGGAUUACCUAAUGGGUGGAAAACAGAUGAAAGUUAUACCCAUUGCCAUAUCACUUAUUGCAAGUCAUACAUCUGGAAUCACCCUGCUGGCAAUUCCUGCUGAUGUCUACAAAUUUGGCGGAACGUAUUUGUUAGGCACGCUAUCCAUGGUAAUGUUGGCAUUUAUUACAAAUUACGUGUUCCUUCCGAUUUUUUAUAAACUGGAAAUAACGAGCACCUACGAAUAUUUGGAAAGAAGAUUCGACAAUCGAGUCAGAAGAUGCGCUUCGGGACUUUUUGCCUUGUCAAUAUUCCUGUAUUUACCUAUUGUUACGUAUAUUCCUGCGUUGGCUUUUUCAGCAGCAACUGGCGUAAGCGUGCACCUUAUUACCCCAGUGGUAUGUGGUGUUUGUAUUUUUUACACUACCAUCGGUGGCUUAAAAGCUGUGGUAUGGACUGAUACCCUUCAAUUUACUGUAACGGUUGGAGCUAUGGUUACAGUUUUCUAUUUAGGCCUUCAAUCAACCGGAGGUAUAGCCAAUGUGUUUUAUGAGUCUCUUGAAGGAAAUAGAUUGGACUUAUUUAAUUUUGAUCCUAAUCCCACGACUAGGGACUCAUUCUGGGCUGUAGUUAUAGGCCUUACAGUGCACUGGGUAGGACAUACAAGUGUAAACCAGGGUUGUGUACAAAAAUUUUUGGCGGUCAACACAUUCGAAAAAGCGAAAAAAACAGUUUAUUACUAUUGUUUUGGAAUGAUCCUUAUUAAAAUUAUAAGUGUAUGGACCGGUCUUAUUAUGUACACUUUGUAUCAUGAUUGCGAUCCUUUCCUUACAAAACAUAUCCAGAAUAAAGACCACUUGUUGCCAUAUUAUGUUAUGGAUGUGGCAGGAAAGGUUCCUGGACUUUCAGGACUUUUUAUAGCAGGAGUUUUUUGUGCUGCUUUGAGUACUCUUUCUGCAAACUUGAACUGCCUCUCCGGCACAAUAUACGAAGACUUUCUUAAGGAUCGGUUGGAGAAGAAAGGAUGUCACAAAACCGCCACCCACUUCCUCAAACUCAUAGUCGUAGUAGUUGGUGUCGUAAGCACUCUUAUGGUCUACGUUGUAGAACAUCUAGGAGGCCUGAUGGCACUUUCAAUUUCACUGGGUAGUGUGGCACAUGCACCCCUCUUGGGGAUGUUCACCUUGGGAGCUCUUUGUCCUAGAGCCAACUCUAAAGGAGCUUUUUGGGGAUCCAUUGUAGGUGUGGCGUCUAUGAUGGUCCUUAUUUUUGGGGGUAAAUAUUACGAAACCAUCGGAAUGAUUCAACAUGUGAGCCAAAAUUUAUCCACUGAUGGUUGUGAUUUUCCAGUUUUCAACUCAACAAUACCUCAAACGGUUAACAUGCAUCAAGUACCUUUCAUGUUCAGGCUCUCGUUCUACUAUCUGACAUUGGUUGGAACAACAAUAACAAUAGUAGCAGGAUUAAUAAUAAGCUACUCUACUGCAGAUGAAGGUCCUGUAAAUCCUGAUGUUAUUAGUCCUGUAAUACAUUUCCUGCUACCGAGUAACAGUAAGCAAAAAGAAGCAAAUGGAGAUUAUCAUAGUGUUAAACUUGUUAUUACGAGAAAAGACUGAAUAAAUUAUUAUACAGUAAUUUAA